CUGUUUCGUAUUGAUCAAUCCACCAUUUUCCAACACACAGCGGCGGCAGUGCUAACACAGCUCCGGCAGCGAGAGAGAGAAGAGAGCCACCCCUCUACCUGGAGAGGAAGCCAGGGACCGGGGGCAGUCAUGGCAGCGAACAUGUACCGGGUUGGAGAUUAUGUUUAUUUUGAGAACUCGUCCAGUAACCCACUGCUGAUCAGGAGGAUAGAGGAGUUGAACAAGACAGCCAAUGGGAACGUGGAGGCCAAAGUGGUGUGUUUUUACCGGCGCAGGGACAUCUCCAGCACACUCAUCGCCCUGGCAGACAAACAUGCAAGGGAGCUGGAGGAGGAGAUGGAGAAUCCAGAGAUGGCGGACCUCCCCGAGAAACACAAACACCAGCUCAGACACAGAGAGCUCUUCCUGUCCCGCCAACUGGAGUCUUUACCUGCCACACACAUCAGGGGGAAGUGCUGUGUGACUUUGCUGAACGAGACAGAAGCCCUGAAGUCGUACCUGGACAGAGAGGAUGCCUUCUUCUACUCGCUGGUGUAUGACCCUCAGCAAAAGACUCUGCUGGCUGAUAAGGGGGAGAUCCGCGUUGGGAACAAGUACCAGGCCGACAUCACCGACCUGCUGAAAGAAGGCGAGGACGACGGCAGAGACUUGGAGAAACUAGAGGAGAAGAUCUGGGACUCCAACAGCCUGCUGACGGAGAAACAGAUCGACCAGUUCUUAGUAGUAGCUCGGUCAGUGGGUACAUUCGCCAGAGCCUUGGACUGCAGUAGUUCUGUCCGGCAGCCCAGCCUGCACAUGAGCGCUGCUGCAGCCUCCAGAGACAUCACCUUGUUCCACGCUAUGGACACCCUCCACGCCACGGGCUACGACAUGACCCGAGCCAUCGCAGCGUUGGUGCCUCAGGGUGGGCCCGUCCUCUGCAGGGAUGAAAUGGAGGAGUGGAGUGCCUCGGAGGCCAACCUGUUCGAGGAGGCGCUGGAGAAAUACGGCAAAGACUUCACCGACAUCCAGCAGGAUUUUCUGCCCUGGAAGUCCCUGACAAGUAUAAUUGAGUAUUACUACAUGUGGAAGACCACAGACAGAUACGUACAGCAGAAACGAUUAAAAGCAGCCGAGGCAGAAAGCAAGUUGAAGCAGGUCUACAUCCCUAACUACAACAAGCCAAACCCCAACCAGCUGAGUAACAAUAUAAAACCAGCUCUGGUGAAUGGAGCGGCGGUUGCAGGUGUUCCAGGUGUUGCAGGUGUUCCAGGUUACCCAUUGGUCCAAGGUAUCCCAGGCAUCCAAGGUAUACCAGGUAUCCCGGGCGUCCCAGGUAUCCCGGGCGUCCCAGCGGUCCCGGGCGUCCCAGGGGUCCCAGGCGUCCCAGGGGUCCCGGGGAUCCCAGGUGCUCCAGGCUCGGCGCAGAUCCCCGGCCUCGGCAGAGCCUGUGAAAGCUGCUACACCAGCAGCUCCUACCAGUGGUACUCGUGGGGACCUCCCAACAUGCAGUGUCGCCUCUGCGCUUCAUGCUGGACUUACUGGAAGAAGUACGGAGGGCUGAAGAUGCCCACAAGACUGGAUGGAGAGAGACCUGGACCCAACCGCAGCAGCCUGAGCCCUCACGGCCUGCCCAUGCGGCACAGCGGCAGCCCCAAAUUUGCAGUGAAGACGCGACAGGCUUUCUACCUGCAGACCACCGUCCUGACGCAGAUGGCUCGUCGCUUCUGCCAUGACAUCAUCAGGCCGCGAUUCUUGGCCAGGCACCCCUACCUCCCUCUCAACACAGCAGCCAUAAAGGCAGAGUGUGCCCUGCGGUUGCCAGAAGGGCAAAAAAAGCCUCCGCCACUGAAACCUGCGGAUCGCAAACCUCUGGAGUCUGUGGUUCGGUAUUUAGAAGCACAUCCCCGUCCAGCCAAACCCAACCCCCCGUUUCGUGGAGCGUCCAUCUCUACAGGCAGCCUGACGCCCAUGAAGUCCUCUCCCAUCCUCAACAAUGGCUCCCCCACCAUCCUGGGCAAACGCAGCUAUGAACAGCACAACGGACUGGAUGGCUCUAAAUCCAAAAUCCUGACUCCACAGUGGGACAUCAUGGCCAAACGUCUGAGCGAGGCCGGGCGGCCCUCAGUCUCCAUGCAGGACGAGGUCCAUGAACUUGACUGAACUACAAACCAGCGAGCAGAGGGUGACAUGAAAUGGAAAGGCGUUUUCCACUAAACCAUAGCCGAGGGCAGCUGAGGAGACGACAGCAUUUCUUCAGUCAGAACGUGUCUGUCACGCUGCUGAAGACCCAUAAUUGAUCAGUUUGGCUGUGGUCAAUCACAAGAUGAGCCUGACUGUACAGGACUGUGUUUAUUACUUACAUUUCUCGUUAUUACUGUCAUUGUAAUUAUUGUUAUUGUUAUUAUAAUAUUUUUUACCAACUAUAACUCCGCUUAUUGUUUGUCGAUCAAACGAUGGAACGAAGUUCCAUGAAAAUUGCUUGCAGAGCCCUGUGGAGAAGGGUGGAAGGACUGUAACAUAAGCCACUUGCAUCUUCUAUGUUUUUUGUUUUUUGUUUUUUAACAAGUUAAAUUCAACAAGGAGGCUCUACUUUUACUUCAGCGACACACCAGUUAACUCCUUGUCUUUUUUUUUUUUUUUUUUUGUUUCAAUGAAUUUGAAUGCUUUACGGGAAAUCUUCUGUUUUGUGAGCCGGCCCCGCUCUUCGGCCAGAGAGGUUUAACUUAUUGAGAAAGACUUGCUGUUUUUUCUACCUUUUUCACAAGUAAUGCAUCUAUGCUUAGAUAAUGUAAUUAAAAAAGAUAAUUGAUUUUCCCUCUUCUUUUGGUGUCUGUGCACAGAGGUGAAAGGUGUUUUCUUACUCACACAGGUAUGCAAACAGGGUAUAUGCAAAAAUGAAUUCCAAAUUGCUUUAUAUGUUUUGAACCUAAAAAGAAUGAUCAUUACUAGAAAAGAUAAAAUGGACAAAUACAGCCAUGUUUUGUAAGCAAACGUCAAAAAAAAACAACCAAAAAUCAAGAAUGUGUUCUGCUUUCAUAUCCAGUCAUUUUGUCAAUGUGUUUAUCUUUAUUUUAUGUUCAUUAGUAGCUUGUCUUGAUAUAAACAUCAGUCAUAGGUCGAUAUAAGAAAAUAUACAAAUAUCCAAAACA